UUUGAGAGCGAAUGCCCAGCGGUGAGCAAGCAGUGAGCAAAAAACUGUAACGGCAAAUGGAUAAGCUGCGAGUCAACAAGAAUGCAACGACGAAGACGGCGGUGGCGGUGGGAAUGCCGGCUGAGAACCCCUUCAAGCGGCCAAUGAAUGCGCUGCAGAAGCAAUGGUAUCGAGUGCUGCUGGCCAGACGCGUUGGCUUCGGGCAACGCCCUCCGCCGGACGAGAAGGAGCUAACCUACGCCGAUAUUUGUCGCCAGCGUUACAUGGCCGCAUUCCGGAGAUACAACGAACGUUUCCGCCGCGAAAUGGCCAAGCACGAGGAGAUGCAAAGCUGCGCCAUCGAUGCGAUGCGGGUGCACAGAACCUUUGCCAUAACCACGCUCUGGCUGCCAUUGCACUCGAAGCAGGAAAUCAACUCAACGCUGGAGACCCUCGAGCAGGUUCUCAGUGCCGCGGAAAGACGACGCCUGCAGGAGAUACUCAAGCAGGGCGAGUCACGGCGAACGCGUCGAUAGAGCAGCGUGGCAGAGGCGCGGCGCUCGCUCACGUCGAUAGAGCAGGGUGGGAGAGAGAAAGAGAGAAGUCCCGUUGCCACAGCUCAGCAGCAACGUUCCUGUCAUCAUCAUCUGCCAUGGCUAAGUGAAUUCCAUUUAGCUUGGAUUUCACUUUGCCUUUGGAGUCUGAUUUUAC